GGGGAGGACUAAGGAGGAGGAGGAGCGGGAUGACUUCAGUGGAGCGCGGUGGGUUUGGGCUCAGCGGCUGCAGCUGGAUGCUGGGGAAAGGGCAGGCAGAGCAGUGUAAAACCGCAGCCGGAGGAGGAGGAGAAGGAGGGUUGCAUUCUCUGAAGCCCAUUUUCCCCCUUCGUUUUGGGGAAACGAACGCAACGCCGUGACCCUCCCCUCGGGGAAGCCAACCCAAAGCCCUGAGUGGGUUUCCAUGGUGCUCCUGUGGGAUGGCAUCCAAGGCAGGAGCCAACUGCAGCCAAAAGGACUAAAGGGUGGCUGCGCUUAAAAGAUGGGACCUGGGACUGUUCCACUUCAGUUCACUUGAAGGUACUGCUAUGUGGAUACUUGUUAGCAAUGACUGAUGUGGAAUCUACAUAUGCAGAUUUCAUUGCUUCUGGACGAACUGGGAGAAGAAAUGCCCUUCAUGAUAUCCUUGUAUCUUCCUCAAGUGGGAAUUCCAGUGAGCUGUCACUAAAGUUAUCUGAACUUGAUAUAAACAAAACUGAAGGGGAAGGAGAUGCACAGAGGAAUCCCACCGAACAAACUGGGGAAGCCCAGGGGGAAGCAGCAAAACAAGAAAGCUGAUGCCCCACUUUGACUGGCUGCAGCAACUGUGGGAUGUGUCCCAACUGCAAGAGCCUGUUAGGAGAAGCUUGCAUCUUGUGAGCAAGCCAAUGAAACCAAAAAAUAUAAUAAAAAUGUAUGGGCCACAUUAUUGGAACCUGCAUAAUCCAGUACUAAAAAUGCAAAGGCAGGCUAUGGCAGCAGACAGAACUUUCUCUACCUCUGCUAGUGAUGGUUGAGACUUGGUUACUGAUCUCAAGACUUUGUUGGCAGAUGGAUCUCAUUGCAAACAACCACUUGGUGAAAUGCCAAUAAGAGGCAGAGGAAACUAGAUCUUGUAGCAAAAGGCUUUCAGUUCAGCAGAGGCUCAAGUUGCAUUGUAUGACAAUGGUUUCAGUGAUUUUUGAAGGUUGUCUGACUAGAGUGUUCACAUAUUAAAAUCACUUGUAAAGGAAGCACCAUUUGGUUUUGUUGUUGUUGUUUUUCAAAAAAGGAACUCUGCUUUUGUGUUUUCAGCUGUUACUUACAAUGUUUUAUAUUGUACAAUUUAGAUGCGCCACACUGCCCCUAUUCAAAAGGCUUAUGAAGGCAACUUCUGUGACUGUGAAUUUUUCUACCACUUGUUUUGAAAGGGCUAGGUUUCUUUUUGUUUUUGUUUUUUUCAUAGUUUAGUUGUGUGCACACAAUGAUUAUAAAAUCAAAUGCUAAACUGAUGAAUUUGCUAACCUGAAGAUUCAUCUACAUUCUUUCAUUUACAAGAUAAAUAUGAUGUAACUAAUGUAUAGUCUGGUGUGUCUUGUGUUUUCUCAGAGCAGUUAGGUCACUUUGCUUGUAGCUGGUUGGAAAUCAAGAAUCUUAAAUCUAAUCCUUUAAAUAACUAUAUUUCUUUUCUUUUUUAGUGAUAAAGUUUUGAGAGGAAAGUUAUUGAUAAAAAACUUCAAAGAAGAAAUGUUAUAUUGAGAGCAGGUGGGAGAGGAUUCCCCUCAAAUCUGAUAAAGUGACUGUUUUCAAACAUGAAAUAUGAUGUAUAUUCACUGUCUAGAACUGGAUUGUAUUUUCAGUUCCAUAGGUGAGAUUGGAAUAAAAAAUGAUUUUGCUGUGGCAAUCAAGUGGACACCAAUCACAAGAUGAGUUGUGUACUCCCACCACAUGCCCUAACUGUUUGUUUUUUUUUCAUCUUGAAGAAAGUACUAUCACAUUUUUUUGGUAAUUUCAAGUGUUACAGACUUUUAAAAUGUUUGUAAACUCUACUAAUGAACUGGUGUAAUUUUGCUUUCUAGUAAAUCUGAACGUUGGUUAAUGAAGCAUCUAU